GAAGGAACAGCGCAUCUCUCGUCGGGCGCCUCGGGAGUCACCGAAGACUCGAUGCCGGCUUCCGCAUGCGCACUUAGUCUCCUCUUCGAUCGGGAGACCUUCCAAAGGCGAGAUUCUAAGCCAAUGAGGGGACGGAGAGGAAUUUGUCUCACGGUAACAAGAAGCACAUUUCACUAUCAUGGCUGAAAGUGCGAAAAAGCGCUUGCUUGAAUAUAAUAAGAUGAGGGAAUCGAACUGCUUGCUAGAAGGAAGAAGUGAAACUUGUUGGCUAAGGCCCCAGAAAAAACAUUUUCCUCAAAGUAAUCGGGCUUCAGUAGAGAACUACAAAGAAGAAAAACAGGAGGUUGACAGUGGCAGGACAUCCUGGAUAAAAAUAACUCCUCCUCCUAAAGAAAAAAGGCAUUUUCCUGAAAAAAACAAUGCAAUUUUUGGAUGAGGUCUCAUUAGAAGCAGUUUCUCUGCUGAAGUACUGAAGUUGUGUGCAUUUUGCCUAAUUGAAAAAACAACUAUACAUAACAACAACAUUAUAUAGUAUUUUACAACUUUCUGCAUCAACAGCUUUCUUUGCUAUUAAAUUCAGUCUUUCUAAAUAGUCCCUUAUUCUUGUAUAACCAUAUUGAGCAUUCUUAUACACAAUUUUGUUAUAUAUACUUACUUCCUGUAUAUUGACAUAGUAUUUUA